CAGCAACAAUUAUUCUUCUCACUGACAUUGAUACCAGAAGUUAACUCUUCUUUUUAACGAACUCCUUUUGGCUUCCUGGAAUUGCUUUUGAAUUGUCAGGCAACUGAAAUAUGGAAGACAUAGACUCAUUUUUAUUCAAAUUUAAAGGAUAUUAUUUUUGCCGCCCAGGACUUGAUAUAGGCUUUCUAGAAACAUUAAAUGAUUUUGAAAUCAGAGAAGAUGACGUCUUCAUAGUCACAUACCCCAAAUCUGGAACCAUCUGGUUUCAGCAGAUAUUAAACUUGAUUUAUUUUGAUGAACAUCGAAAAAACACUGGGAAUCUGGAGACGGUUUUGCGAGUUCCCUAUUUUGAGUACCCCAAUGAAAACACGGAUUUUGUUAAAAGACCAUCUCCUCGUCUCUUCACUACCCACCUCCCAUACUAUUUGGUUCCAAGUGGCCUGAAGAACAAAAAAGCCAAAAUUAUUUAUGUAUACAGAAACCCUAAGGACGUUAUGUGCUCAUAUUUUCACUUUUCAAAGAAGAUGCCAUUACCUGCUACAAGUACCAUUGAGGAAUUCAUGAAACUAUUUCUAGAAGGAAAAGUGCUGGGAAGCCUUUGGUUUGACCACAUCAAAGGUUGGCAUGAGCACAAAAGCCUCUUCAACAUCGAGUUCAUGAUGUAUGAAGAGUUUAAAAAGGAUCUCAGAGGUUCUAUGUUAAAAGUCUGCAAAUUUCUGGGGAAAGAAUUAAGUGAUGAGGACAUGGAUGCUGUGGUGAGCCAGGCCAUGUUUGAGAACAUGAAGUUAGACCCACGGGCAAAUUAUGACAAUAUACUAAAGGACCAAUUUGGGAUACAAGAAAAAGGUCAUUUCCUUCGCAAAGGUACCAUUGGAGACUGGAAAAAUUACAUGACUGUUGAGCAGAAUGAAAGGUUUGACAAGAUUUUCCAAAAGAAUAUGAAAGAUUUUCCCUUGAAGUUCAUCUGGGAUAUGAAUGAGGAAUAGAAUUCUAGGUGGUGCACAACUAUUUUCAGAAAUCACCUUCAGAAGGAAAUAUAUUGAACUUUACAUUUUCAUCUUUGACUGUCAUGGGCUUAUUACUGAAAACUCUCAAUGAUUAAUAAAUAUUAAUAUGUUGUCUUUACAUCA